UGAAGAUGCCCGAAGCAGGUUCAGGUUCACAUCUGUAGAAUAAGGGGCUUUCCGCCACAGACAUCCUGAAAAGCGGGUUUCGGAUGUGCAUAAAACCUUCUGGAAGGCACAAAGACUUUCAUUCGGAAUAAACACACACGCUCACUCACUCACACACACUAGACACAGCAGAGUGAUGGAAGAUCAUCAGAACGAUGCGCUGAUUCAGCGCGUGCCGAGCCAAGAGACCGUCCUGAGCCGCGGACCAACACGGAACCCCAAUGGAAAGGCCCUGAAGGUGGCCGGACUGACGGUCCUGGCCUGUCUCCUGCUGGCUGGACAGGCGCUGACCGCUUACAUGGUCUGGGGUCAGAAGGAACACAUCAGUGCCCUGACCAGCGGCCAGGAGAAGCUGAAGACGGAGCUGACCCGAAAGAUAUCAGCUGGUGCUCCCAAAGCCAUGCACCUUCCCAUGAACAGCAUGGCCCUGCUGAAGGACUUCUCUGAGGAAACCUCUGACUCGACCACUGACAAGAAGAAGAGCUCUCCGCUCCUGAAACUGCAGCCAGUUUUCACAAACCAGAGAGAGGGCAGCGGACAACUGGACGGUGGUAAACUGAUGGCGAAGAGGAUGAACCUGCCAAUGAGGAGUCUUCCUCUGCUGAUGAACACAGAUGAGGAGAUCAAGGCCACACCUCAGUCAGCCGUCGAGGUGGAGAGCAAGUGUGAGCUGGACUCUGAGCGGCAUGUGAGACCCGGGUUCUUCAAGCCUGAGUGUGACGAGCAGGGCAACUAUAAGCCCAUGCAGUGCUGGCACAGCACCGGAUACUGCUGGUGUGUGGACAAAGACGGCAAGCAGAUCGAGGGCACACUCAUGCGUGGGCGACCCCAGUGUGACUCAGUGACUGCUGAUAUUUUGGAGUAAAGGCAGAACGUCCACAACAGGACCAUCUUCUCUCCAGCAAUAAAGAAGAACAGUUUAAAUCUUAAAACUGUCCCUAUUGCAUCUCCUGAGGACCAAUCAGUCCAUUUGGACGUACUUCAAUGGAAAUAAUUGAAUAACCUUUCUACUCAAGAUCUGCAAUUAUCUGCGUUCACAAUAUAGAUACACAUAAGUAUAAGAUAUUUCUAAGAGAUGUUAACGCUGGCCUAACCCUUAUUCUAAUAAUAUCUAUAGUAAGUUUUCUGUGUGAUAUCAUCUCUUUGUUUUAAUUUUUAACCCAAGGCAUGUUGUUGGAGGCGGAUGAAUAUAUCAGAGUGAUUGUAAGAGUGUAAAUAAAAGGCCUUAAUAAACACAUGCUGUUUCCAAAUGUGA